UCCGCAACGAAGCGGUGCGAUGGCCAUCCCGUUGCACCCGCGCUGCGCCAGCGCCUACUUCCAUAUGCUUAUCGGUGAUGCCAAGGAUCUGCCCAUGCGCGUCGCCGCCUUCCAAAGGUUCUACCUCACAAGUCUCGUCGCGUGCAAGCGAGGCGCUGAUCUGCGCACCUCCUCGUCUUCGGUCCAAGCAAGCACCGAGCUGGUGCGCCUCUCGGCCGACGGCGCCGUCCUUCACCUAGGCGACGAUGCGCUGUCGAUGCGAUGCCUCCUGCACAUGACUGUCAGUGCCAAUCAUCAGUGCAGCAAUGACCUCACGUUUACGCUCACGUUCCAGAACGCUCCAGAGCGAACCUUUGGCGUGGACGACCCUGCGACCUUGAUGACAUGGGUGCUCGGCCUCAUUGGCACCGCCACAGCCCUCAUGCAGAAUGCGACGUCGCUUCUUUGGCAAGGCGCACGCCUGCGCAUCUACGAGGCCUCGAAAGACGACGCGUCAGCUUUUGUCCGGCGAUUGCGGCCGCCCACGCCAUGCUCGUGUCGCUGCAGCAGAAGGAUCCGAGCAUCUCAUUAGCCGACUGCCUCUACCUUCGCACUACAUCAUCUAUCCGUAGCUCGCAUGGCUAAGGAACCUCG